AAAAAAAACAACCUGAGUCACCCUCUUUACAGUUCCCUUCCAAUCGUGUGUUGUAGAUAUUCACAACAAACAUCCCAAACAAAUUGUGUUCGAAACAUUUCCAAUAACUUUCAUCAUGAGCAGCAAUAACCUACAAGCCUUCUCAAAAAUCAAAAAUCUCUUCCAACGAACACAAAGUUCUGCUGCCAACAAUAAUAAUAACGGCGAUGCAAACAAUUCACUCCCUUCAACCUCAACUAACAAUUCGAAUAAUUCCUAUUCUAAUCUAUCCUCAUCUCAUGCAGCAACAACAUCAAACAACACAGCAGGUUCUUCCUCAUCAUCAUUAUCAUCGAGUCAGGGAACACUACUUUCCAAUUCAAAUCCUAAUUUAUUAGCAAAUACAUCAAUUAAACCUCCGUUAGAAAUUGAACAUGAAUUUUUCUCAACACUUGAGGAACACCAAGAUACGAUGGAAUUUUAUAAGAAAGCGGAGAAGAAACUGUUGGAUUUGAAAAAGAGUUCAAAGAAAAUGAUAGAAAAAGAACAUGAUAUUGCUACAUUGUUUAAUGAUUUUGCUCCCAAGUUUAAAAAGAAUAAGGAAAUGAGUGAAACUUUACGAAAGUUUGGUGGUAAUUUGAAAUCAACUUCAACACUCUUGUCACAAGCAAUGAUGAAACUGGACGAAUUCAAAGAUAAAACACUAGAAAUGAGAGAUGAAGGAAAAACCAUAUCCAAAUUUAGGAGCAAGUAUGAUUCUGCAAGAAGUGAUUAUGAAUCAUUCAAGUUGGAAACACCUCGUGUGAAUCCAGAUAAAGAUGGUUUUACAAACAAGCCAAAUGAGCACGGAGAAUAUGAUCCGCAAUAUAUUGAAAGAACAAAGAAAGUUGAGGAAGAUUUCAAACUAAUUGCUAAAAAUCUUAACAAUGCCUACUCUGAUUAUCAUAAUGAGUUGGAUUUCCAACUAUUGAAAAGAGAUACCGAAUAUUUCUCAGACCUUAAAUCAUUUAUUUAUGCAUACUAUUGCUAUUUUAGUACUGGUAUGGCUCUUUUCCAACAAUUGGAUAAUGUAGUAAAGAAGGCAGAAGAAGCACAAAUGCAAGAAGGUCAUUUGUCAAAAUCUAAUGGAGUUCGUAAUAUUGCAGUGAUACCAAAGCAUAUUUUCCCACAUAUAACUGCAGAUAGAAAUACUGUCUUUGGUGCACCAUUGGAACAAGUAAUGAUUCAGGAUUAUGAUUCUGGUAUUUUACGUUUGCCUCCCUCUAUCAAGCAAUUGUUUGAUUUGAUUAGAGCAUUCGGAUUGGAUCAAGAAGGUGUUUUCAGAGUAAACUCUGAUGAACAAUACAUGAAAAAGCUCAUUAUUGAUAUUGAAAUGGGAAAGGAAAUCCAAUAUGUGAAUAAGUCAUACUUUGUUCCAAGUAUUGCUGGUGUGUUGAAACUUUUUGUGAGAGAAUUGCAAGAACCACUCAUGACUUUUGAUGCAUUCCAAGAAAUUAUUCUCAAUCCAGACAUGCAAACUCUGCCAUCUGAAUCUUCUGUAAAAGAAGGUCAAGUUUCAAAACUCAAAGAAUUUAUCAACACUAAGGUACCAAUCCAUUAUCAAGUUGUCCUGUAUGAAUUGUGUAAACUUUUGAAUGAAGUUGCACAACAUGAGGACAAGAACAAGAUGCACGCCAAUAAUUUAUCUCUCAUCUUUAGUAUGAACCUUUUCAGACCUAGAUUGGAAAAUGCAGUCCAAUUAGCUCAAAAUGUCAAACAUAUGAGUUAUGUCACAUGUUUACUCAUUGAAAAUUUUGAUACCCUCUUUGAAGCAUCUCUAAAGACAGUCUGUGAUACACAAAACGAAGAUCCAUAUGAACAAAUUAGAAAGAGUAUUGCUGAACAAAGGGAAGAAAUACUUGAUGAACCUGAAUCUAAUCCAAACACUGCAAGAAGUAUUGAAAUCAAGAUUGUAAACUUUGAACAAGAAAAGAAAGAGGAAGAUUCUGAGGAGUCAGAUUCAGAUGAUGAAUCCGAUAUUGAAUCAUCAGAAGAUGUUGAUACCAAUAGUUCAAUUUCAUCACCAAUGUUGACUUUCUCUGAUUUACCAACCCUCAAUUCUAGUGAAAUCAUUCAACCAAAACGCCAUUUAGAUAGAAAUGUCAAAUAUGAUCACAAACAUGUCACUUCCAACCAUAAUGUGAGUUUAAUUCUCGCUCCAUCCAAAGAUCAAUCCAAAGACCAAACUAAACUUCCAACAUUCUCUCCAAGAAUUGUAAAAAUUAGAGCAAGAAACAAUUUAGAAAAUACAGAUUCAAUGCCAACAGAAAUCGUGGAAAUAAGUGAACCUUUCUCAUCGAAUGUGACACCAACCAUUAUUUCAGAUCCACAAGUGAUGAGAGCGAUGGCUCCUCCAAGACGAUUCAUGAAACGAGUUGAAAAGAAAAACAGCAAACCUGUACUAACGAAUGGUGAAACGUUGAAUCAAUAAAACACUCAACCAACUCU